AUUAUCGCCAAUAGAGGACGCCUACAGGCUGCAGUCAAACAGAAAGUGGAAAGAAUCCGGAAGCGUUAAACAGUUGAAGCAUUAAUUUUGACUGCAGCGGCUGGAUACGUUUGUGAACAUCCUUCAGUCAGUGAUGAAAACCUGAGUUUUGACCCCAGCAAGAUGAAGAGACCGGAGUCUCCAGAAUCCAGCAGUGUGUCUAUGAAGAGCGGCAGAUCCAUGGAGCAACCCAUGAGAUUCAGUGAUGAUCCAAUGAUCUCUGACCCGCGGAUAAACAGACAGAGAUUGGAGUCUUCAGAAUUCAGCAGUGUGUCUGUGAUGAGUGGCAGGUCCAUGGAGCAACCCAUGAGAUUCAGUGAUGCACCCGUGACCUCUGACCCUCGUAAAUGUCAAAAUCAGAGACACAUGAUCCAGGAGAACACAGAAACAGUCUUACAGAGACAAACAUUAGAGACUGGAGACCUGCAGAGAGUCAAAGACCAGCACAAAACCAGCAUGAAGAGGAAGUAUGAGAGAUUAUUUGAGGGAAUCACUCUUCAAGAGACUGGAACCCACCUGAGCCAGAUCUACACCCAGCUGUACAUCCUAGAGGGAGAGAGUGAAGGAGUGAAUGAAGAACAUGAGGUUUUACAGAUGGAGAAAACAGCCAGAACAAAACACUCCCAACACACUCCAAUCUACUGCAAUGACAUCUUUAAAGAGGAGAAAGAGCAAAUCAAGACUGUUCUUACUAAAGGCAUCGCUGGAAUCGGAAAAACCGUCUCUGUGCAGAAGUUCAUUCUGGACUGGGCCGAGGGAAAAGCCAAUCAGGAUGUAGAUUUCAUGUUUGUGCUUCCAUUUCGAGAGCUGAACUUGAUCAGAGAUCAUCAGUACAGUCUUCACACACUUCUGCUGGACUUUCAUCCUGAACUUGAAGAUCUGGAGCCCAAGAUUUAUGAGGAGUGUAAAGUUGUGUUCAUCUUUGAUGGUCUGGAUGAAAGCAGAAUCACACUGAUGUUUUCAGACGCUCAGAAAGUUUGUGAUGUGACUGAGACUUCAUCAGUGGCUGUGUUGAUGUCAAAGCUGAUGAAAGGAGAGCUGCUUCCCUCUGCUCUCAUCUGGAUCACCUCCAGACCAGCAGCAGCCAAUCAGAUCCCCUCCAAAUACAUCAAGCGUCUGACAGAAAUUCAGGGAUUCACUGAGCCUCAGAAGGAGGAAUAUUUCAGGAAGAGAAUCAGUGAGCAGCAUCAAGCCAGCAGAAUCAUCUCACACAUCAGAAGAGCAAGAAGCCUCCACAUCAUGUGCCACAUACCCGUCUUCUGCUGGAUCUCAUCCACUGUGCUUCAGAAGCUCCUGGAAGAAGAUCUGAGUGCAGAAAUCCCUCAAACUCUGACUGAAAUGUACAUCCACUUCCUGCUGAUUCAGAUCAACAUGAGGAAUCAGAAGUAUGAAGAGAGAGAUCCAGAGAAACUCCUGCAGUCCAACAGAGAAGUGAUUGUCAAACUUGCUGAAGUGGCUUUCAGACAGCUGAUGAAGGGCAAUGUGAUGUUCUAUGAGGAGGACCUGAUUGAGAGCGGCGUAGACGUCUCUGACGCCUCAGUGUAUUCUGGGAUUUGCACUGAGAUCUUUAAGGAGGAAUCUGUGAUUCAGCAGAGGAAAGUCUACAGCUUCAUCCAUCUGAGUGUUCAGGAGUUUCUGGCUGCUUUAUAUGUGUUUUACUACCACAUAAGCAACACUGCAGAAGCAUCUUUGGAUUCUCUGCAUAAUUUACAGAUAAGAGCAGUAGAUAAAGCCAUUGAGAGUGAGAAUGGUCAUCUGGAUCUGUUUCUGCGGUUCCUGCUGGGCGUCUCACUGGAGUCCAAUCAGAGACUCUUCCAGGAUCUACUGACACACACAGAGAAGAGCUCAGAGAGCAUCAGGAGAAGCACACAGUACAUUAAAGAGAAGAUCAGAGAUGGACAUGGACUCUCCACUGAAAGAUCCAUCAAUCUGUUCCUCUGUCUGCUGGAAGUGAAAGAUCAGACUCUGUCCAGAGAGAUUCAGGAGUUUGUGAAAUCAGACAAACAGUCAGAGAAGAAACUCUCUCCUGCUCACUGCUCAACAAUCGCCUACAUGCUUCAGAUGUCAGAGGAGGUGCUGGAUGAGCUGGAGCUCCACAAAUACAACACAUCAGAUGAGGGCAGAAGAAGACUGAUACCAGCCGUCAGCAACUGCACAAGAGCUCUUCUUGCUGGCUGUAAUCUCUCUGCUCAGGAUUGUGAAAUUGUGUCGUCAGUUCUUCAAUCCUCAAACUGUGUCCUGAGAGAGCUGGACCUGAGUAACAAUGACCUGCAGGAUUCAGGAGUGAAGCUGCUCUCUGAUGGACUGAAGAGUCCAAACUGUCAGCUGGAGAUACUGAGGUUGUCUGGCUGUAUGGUGACAGAGGAAGGCUGUGGUUUUCUAUCUUCAGCUCUGAGUUCAAACCCCUCACACCUGAGAGAGCUGGAUCUGAGCUACAAUCACCCAGGACAAUCAGGAGUUCAGCUGCUCCAACACACACUGGAGGAUCCACACUACACACUGCAGAAACUCAAUUUGGAUCACGGAGGACAUUUAAGAAUCAGACGAGGACUAAGAAAAUAUGCUGUUUUUCUCACUCUGGAUCCAAACACAGCACACACUCAACUCAUCCUGUCUGAGGGAAACAGAAAGGCAGAAUUUGUAAAAGAGCAUCAGCCGUAUCCUGAUCAUCCAGACAGAUUUGAGCACCAUGAGCAGGUUCUGUGUAAAGAGACUCUGACUGGACGCUGUUACUGGGAGGCUGAAUGGAGCAGUUGGUCUUAUAUUGCAGUCACCUAUAGAGGAAUUAACAGGAAAGGAGGGAGUGACUCUUGGUUUGGGUACAAUGAUAAAUCCUGGAGCAUGUACUGCACUGAUGACAGAUUCACAGUCUGGCAUAAUAAUAGGAAAACUGACAUCCCCGCUCUAUCCAAGUCAAAAAGAUUAGGAGUGUAUGUGGACGUUCCAUCCGGCUCUCUGUCUUUCUACAGUGUCUCUGACACACACACACUCACACUCAUACACACACUCAACACCACAUUCACUGAACCCCUCUAUGCUGGAUUCAGAGUGUUUGAAACGACACUGACUCUGUGUCAGAUUAAACAACAACACAAAACACAGUGAUACAAUGAAAGAGCAUCACAAAAUAACAUGCUGAAAGACACCUGCCGUGAAGCUAAAGGAAAAUUUGCCUAAUACUAAUUUCUCAGUUUGCAUUUUUAUAUAUUUUUUAAGAUUUUUAAAUCAUCCUGAAAUGACUUUGAUUUGUUUUGAGUGUUAGUAGCGAAGUGUUAGCCUUUAUGUUAUCUAUAAGCUAGUGUGCUUUGAAGCCGUGUCAAAUAUCACAUGUAGAAAAUAUUAGCAUUAAGAUCUUGCAUUUUCUCACUUAGUCAGACGUAGCCUCACACUGCAGUUUCUCAUCAAAUCUUCUGACCAAGCAAAUGUUCUCCAGUAUCUGAAACAUCCAGCCCCCUUCAAGACACUAAAAUGAACCUGGGGGAAACCCAAACGGACAUGGGGAGAACAUGCAAACACCGCACAGAAAUACCAGAUGACCCAGCGAGGACAUUGGUAUUCUUGCUGUGAGGCAACAGUGCUAGUCAGUGGGCCACCAUGCCGCCAAUUCUCUAUAAAGGUGGAUAAAGCUGCGGUCACACUAGAGUUUGAUAACGCGAAAUUCUGUCGUGCGGCGAUGCAAAAAGGGGCGGGAAUAAGCAAGAUUAUUUGGCAUUAAAUAAGCAAGCAAUUGCUCCUUGUUUUAAAUUUCUAUCCAGAGAGGUCAUGUUUUGAUCCUCGAUUGGUCUCAUGCAGUCAAGAGAUGCGAUUUGGCAAGUCAGAGUUCACCAAGCUUGAACUUUGCACUGCAGCAACCUGCGAAACUUAACGCAUGACCUUGUGUUUCCGAUCUGACGCAUUCCCGUGCGUAUGAAUGGAAGUCUAUGGGAGGAAAAGCCAAGUGUGACCGCAGCUUAAAGGGGAGGAGGCGGUUUUCUUAAAGAUGAAGAACGAUGUAGAAAAGAAAUGAGGAUAUGUAAAGUGACUUGGGAUCCUUUAAUUGGAGGAUCAUGAUUAGCUAAUGUGGGCCAGCUGGGUCAGUCAUGAGCAUGUGC